AUGCCUCCGUCGACAGAGGCGCCGUCUUCGGCGGUCCAAGUGCUCCCGCUCACGCCCUUCACACCCGACCUUUACGAGCGCGCGUGGUGUUCCGUACCCCAUCCGACACUCCCGCUCAUCGCGACCGCCUACUCCAAAUCGGUCAAGAUCUUUUCUCUGUCCACUCUCUCCUCCCACAGCACCCUGACCGGCGGCCACACACGGUCCAUUCGCUCGGUCACCUGGAAGCCGAACCUCCCUCCCCAACAGCUUUGCCUCGUCACCGGCAGCUUCGACUCUACCGCCGGCCUUUGGCGUUGGGACGGUGAACUUCCGUUCGCGGGCGGCGACGACGUUUCCGCCCCGGAGCCCCUCGAGAUCGACCUCAGCGGCGCGGCGAAGAGGCGUGCCACCGACGGCAGCGACGGCGAUACGGACUGGGAGUUUACGCUGGUUCUCGAGGGCCACGACUCGGAGAUCAAAGGCGUCUCCUUCGCCCCGUCGGGUGCGUAUCUCGCCACUUGCAGUAGAGAUCAGACCGUCUGGAUAUGGGAGGACGUGGGCGCCACCGAGGGUGACGACGAGUGGGAGACGGUCGCCGUGCUGAACGAGCACAACGGUGACAUGAAGGGCAUCGCCUGGUGCCCGGACGUGCCUGGAAGGAACUCACGCCGACGGUACAGCGCCGACGUCCUCGCGAGCGCGAGCUACGACAACACGGUCCGCGUAUGGCGCGAGGACGGCGAUGGCGAGUGGGUGUGUGUGGCGGUGCUUGAAGGCCAUGAGAGCACCGUCUGGGGCGUGCAAUGGGAGCAGAAGCCGAGGGAGGACGGCGGCUUCCCGCGACUGCUCAGUUACUCGGCAGACCAGACGAUACGGAUAUGGAGCCUGAAGGUUGAGGACGAGGAGGAUGAAGGGCCUGGGGCAGCCUUUCGAGGCGGCCUGGGCGGCAUCCCCAACACGAUGCGAAGGUCGCUGCGGGAGGAGUGGGUGUGCACGGCUGUCCUGCCCAAGGUGCAUACGCGAGACAUCUACUCGGUGACGUGGAGCGCGACGUCCGGCAUGGUUGCCAGCACGGGAAGCGACAGCCUCAUUGCAGUAUAUCGGGAAGACUGCAAGACGAGCGAUACGGAAGCGGCUGCCACGAGCGGAGAGAGCGCGACCGUGGCGGCAGCGGGAUCGAGCACGUGGCGUGUCGUGGCGGAGGUGCCAACCGCCCACGGCCCGUACGAGAUCAACCACAUCACUUGGUGCAAGAGGUACGACGCUGGAACUGAGAACAAGGGCGUCGAGGAGAUGCUGGUCACUACGGGAGACGAAGGACUGGUCAAGCCUUGGCAGGUGGUCGUGUCGUAG